AUGUUUGAGGUCGAGCUUGGGUUUGUCUUGAUUGAACAGGCCGGAGCUGGAUGUUGGGAGUCCGACGAGCACGGGGUGGAACCACCGGAUGCGAAUUGGAUCUGGGGACAGCGGUUGUUGGUGAUGGCGUCCAAGCUUGGGAUUGAGGCUGGAUCUGCGGCCGAGUCUGUGUCUGCACACUGGCUCCAGAUGAAACAUGAAGACUUUGCAGAGGCUGAGGUGGUCCCUGAGGAGGUGGUCCCUGAGGCUGAGGUAGUCCCUGGGGUCGAGGUAGUCCCUGAGGUUGAGCUAGCACUGGACAGAAAGACUGGACCAGACCGUGGGAGUGAAUCUGAGACUGCGGUCCCGCCAAUUCCUGAAUUUGUGUCGGAAAACGGGGUUGUAGCUGAGGUUGAGGCUGGGUAUGGUGCUGGGCUGACAUAUCUAGCCAAGGUUGACUAUGAGCUUGGAAUUGUAUCCCAGAUUGGGGAUGAGAUUGGUCUCGAAAUUGAGAGUUUGAGUGAAUAUUAG